CGCACUCGCUUCCCUCCUCACGACAGCGACCCGCCCGCUCCUCCAACCCACCGCUGUCGCUGCCGCUGGUGCUUGUCCCUCCGCGCCCCGUCUUCGUUCCCACGAAAACUCGUCUACCCGAAUUGCACUGCUCCACGACGCAACCAAUCUCCAAAACACCCGAUUUAUUAUCCCAAACCGCGGUAUCAACUCAAUUUUUCAAUGGCAGCUACGGCGUCCGCGCCGCCUGCCCUCUCUCCAGGGCAGGCGACGCUCGAUCAUGACGAUAGCAACAUCUCCAGCCCGCUGAGCGACGUCGAGGACAAGGACGGCGGUGAAUCUCUUGAUGGGAUGCAGCUGGAACACACUCGGCCAGACCAUGACGAGGCGCUUGACUCUGACAGCAAUCUAUCAGAGGCAAAUGAUACCGAAGCGGAGACUGAGCGUCUCUACGACACUCCGCAGGCACAGCGCCACAAGGACGUCGUUGUCAAUCAGUUCAACGACGGCCAGGUCUACGAACGGACUCCUAGCAAGCUUCAAAAGACGUUUUCUGUCGACGGCCACGACGAUGGCGACGACGACAGUCUUUCCGACCGCGACGACGUGUCAAUGACCUCUAGUCACGGUGACUUGGGCUCGCCCACCAAGCCCAAGAAGUCGACCGAGCUCCCAGCCACCGAAGACGACCCUGAGAAUACCGAUAGCAAGAAAAGGAAGCGGUCGCCGGUCGCGGAAUCUUCCGAGCCAGGCCAGCCCGCCAGGAAGCGCACCGGUUCCGUCGUGCCCCAGGAGCAGGAUCAGCACAAGACUGACGUGGAAAUGCAUGACGACGAGGCCCCGUCCACAAACUCACAUACUGGUGAUCACUCAGCGACCGAGGAAAGUGUUUUGGAACUUCCCCACAGCAAGCGUGGCCCUUCGCGCGAUGGCCACAGCCCGAUCAAGGAUUCACAAAUCACAAAAAAGGUUACCCGCAAUGGGAGCAGAAGGAAAGGUCACGCUGUCGAGGCUCACGAAAACGAAGGGCACGAGGGCGACGCCCGAGACGAUAGUCGUGGUGACGACGACUCGGGGCCUCACGGCGACGACCAGGCUGACCACGAAGGUGACGACGAGGCAGAGGCGACCAGGAAUGACGAAGAAUUUGAAAGAAAACGUGCUGCGGUUGAGGAAUGGACCGAUCUCGAAGAGAAAUUUGUCGUCUUCCGCGAGCGUUUGUACAAGGAUCGCCUCGAGCGCCUCGAGCAUGAAGAACUUUCACUGCAAGCCGAGCCGCCGACACAUCCCGAAUACUUAAACAUGAAGCAAUGUCUGGACGAAAGGCUCGAAAAGAGGCUUCGAAAUAUUGAAAAAGAAUACGAGCUCUCGGUUGAGGCCCUUGAGAGAUUGGCAGUGGCGCGCCGUGCCCAGAUUUGGAAUCAAUUCUACCAAGGCUCUCGGGAAAAGCGCUCAAAGAUGCUCGAAGAUCUCAACAAGGAGUGGUACGAGACCCAGAAUGCAAGGCGAAGCGCACACAGCAUUCCGGACUACGGCCUCCUCUUCCCCACGAACCCUGCACAGCGCACAAGGAAUGCCGUGGCAUACAAUUCGGAGGUCUCGUUUUUGGCCGGUCUCGCUAAGCAUGAGGGCUUCCCCGCGGUGCCGGCCAUGAGGGGCGCGAGUGGCUCAGAGAUCGAGGAUGACCUGGAGCAAAUGAAGCGCAACACGAAACCUCGUCAGCGUUCAAUAAUGCAGCCCAUUGACGAUUAUCAAGCAGUGGCUUUCGGAUCUAACCUCGGCCCCGCCGGGGAGCAAUUUAUCAAAGAUACUCCAUGGGCCAACCCGAACCACAUUGCACACAAGAUCAACACAGGACCUGCAGCAGCCGGUGCUCGAUUGAGCAGUCCAAUGCAGGGAGGUAAAGCAGCAGCAGGCCCGUCCAACCAACAACCGAUACCAGCCGUGACGAACGGCCAUGUCGUGCCGCAGGCGUCGCCGCCAAUGAACCGAUUUAUUUCUGCUUCUCCCGAGAUGGUCAGAACAGCCAAUGUUUUGACACAAAGCGCCCAGAUGAAGCGCGCAGGCAGCCGCACAUCAAAAGCUGCGAAAAACACAGCUCCCAAACAAGAGCCAGUGUCGGCGAUGGCUAGUUAG